CGUGUUCAGGAUUUGGCUUAUGCAUGGGACCUCCCUCCCUUGACAGAGAACAACAGAAGAUGGCUAUUUGAGAAAUUAUUGAUCCACUCUGUCAUUGGAAGAGUGACGAGGCAAAUUAAACAGCUGAGAAGGGGUCUUAAAGAAACUCCUAUGUGGACACUGCUGACCCAGCGGCCUGACACAGUGCCCUCACUCUUUCCGAAGGAGGCUGGCACAGUGAAUCAUGAG